UAAUCCACGCAGCAUCCACAUAAUUCUCAUCUCCCAACAUUGCGAUUGAUCAGCAUCAACCAUGGAAGAUACUACUAUGAAUGACGACGUCGGUACGAAGAAGCCGCUUCCUAUUACCGUAAACAAACCAACACCAUAUACCUUUGACCUUGGUCUUCUUCUCGCCUCAGACCCAAAUCCUCUGGUCUUGACCGGUCGCGAAAACCUUGAAGAUGAUCUCGCAGCCACGGCGCGAGAUGGCGCACAAGCUCUAUUGAACCAGCUGUUAACGACUUGCCCAAUUCAAAGUACGCCAGCGGGCGUCUUACUUUCCCUUCCUGCGAUUGAGACUUCAUUACCUCGCGAAAAGGUUUGUAUUCCUCCAACCCAUACCCAAAUUGAUUCAAUUCAACUAACGUUUCCCCAGCCACUGCCACCACCAAAAGCGCAAACUACUUGGGAGAAGUUUGCUGCUAAGAAAGGCAUCAAGCCCAAGACCGCCGAGGAAAAGAAGAAGCUGGUCUACGAUGAUGCUACUGGGGAGUGGGUUCCAAAAUGGGGAUACAAGGGAAAGAACAAGCAGGGAGAGCAAGAUUGGAUUGUUGAGGUUGACGAGAAGAAGGAGCGCGAGAGGAAAGAAGGUACUGAGAGACAGGGAGACGGACGAAGGGAGCGAAAAGAGAGGGUUAAGCGGAACGAGCGAAUGCAGAGAGCAAAUGAGAGAAAGGGCAGAAAGAAUGGACAGUAAUUAUUGUACACCAGGUGUGGAUAUGUGUGCAUACGGCUUUCUAAUGAUCAUGGGAGAGUUUGGAGUUUUGGGGGCUGUCUAUGGCGUUCUGGUUGGCAGUAAAAUUGGGUUGGAGGUACACAAAAGUGAUUGGAAUGGAAGGUACUUGAUGUCUAACUUAUUACUUGUACAAGUUUCAAGUUCGGGUUGGGGUC